UUUAUCGGUCAUUUUCACGUACACGUUACUUGCCGGGAAAUUUCGUACCAAUAUUCUCAGAUUUUCAUUGAUUCAUGAUAAAUUGAUUAUCGAUCUGCACGAUCGUUCGCGAUUUUUAUGAAAUUACAUGUAAUUGUGUGAUAAGAUUAACGUGAAAGCCUGUGUUACGACAGGCGCCAUUCUUUUAGCGGAACGUGGUGAAUUUGUACGUCGACUUGUCUCAGAGCGCGGGACAUUGAUCAACCGGCUUUUCAAAUUACCAUAAAAAAUACGAUAAAGUAGCAUUUCGAUUUCUCUCAAUCACUUCGACUUUUCGACUAACCAUCGGUAUUAAAAUGGCACAAGAAGCUGAUAUUCCCACUUUCAAAUGCGUAUUAGUCGGUGAUGGUGGUACUGGAAAAACGACAUUCGUCAAACGACAUUUGACCGGCGAAUUUGAAAAGAAGUACGUCGCAACUUUAGGUGUGGAAGUGCAUCCUUUGAUCUUUCACACGAAUCGCGGCCCGAUUCGAUUCAACGUUUGGGACACAGCUGGUCAAGAAAAGUUUGGUGGCCUUAGAGAUGGAUAUUACAUACAAGGACAAUGUGCCGUCAUUAUGUUUGAUGUUACAUCCAGAGUAACAUACAAAAAUGUGCCCAAUUGGCACAGAGAUUUGGUUCGAGUUUGUGAAAAUAUACCUAUUGUACUUUGCGGGAAUAAAGUUGACAUUAAGGAUAGGAAAGUGAAAGCCAAGAGCAUUGUUUUUCAUAGAAAGAAGAAUUUACAGUACUAUGACAUCAGUGCAAAGAGUAACUAUAAUUUUGAAAAACCUUUCUUAUGGUUGGCACGUAAAUUGAUUGGUGAUGCAAAUCUUGAAUUUGUCGCGAUGCCAGCUCUGCUUCCACCAGAAGUUACAAUGGACCCACAAUGGCAACAACAGAUCGAGAAAGAUCUUAAAGAAGCUCAAGAGACAGCGUUACCAGAAGAUGACGAAGAUCUUUAGUUUGUCACGUCGCGUGUAUGAUACGAAUAGAGGCAAAUCGUACACAUACACGUGCGUGUUGAGUACGUUAUGUACUUGUGCCUCUAUAUAUCAGAGAUUCUUUCUUCGAUGGAAUUAAACGUCGAUAUAUCUAACAUAAACGGUGACAGAAAUAUUUCUAUGACAUCACGUUUCUCGAGCUUUGUCUUAAAGACAGGAUACCUGGAAUUGAACAUCGCGUUUUCGCCCAUAUCUAAAUUUGUGCGCGCGAUUACAUUAAACCCGAGGUCUAAUUCCAUACAAGCGUCGUCUGAUUUGUGCAUAGCGUGUCUUUCAUCGAUUUUCAAAUGUACGAUUUGAUCGAUACACACAAACUUUCACGAUGAAAUUUUACGCUCUGUAGUUUCAAAUUAUUGUUUCUUUCAUUUACAUAUUGCGUAUGGGUGUGCGUGAGUACACGUAUGUUGUGUGAAAUGAUGUAUCUGAUGUAAUGGAGUUGUUAGAAUAACUUGCCAAUCUGCUUUAAGGCAUAGCGUCAAAGCCGUUGGAUUUUUGUUGCUAAUUUUAUAAUACCGUAUACGGAAACAUUGUACGUGAAUUGCCUUUAUCAGAAUGAGUGAACGUGCUGUUUGGUAAUAUAAUAAAGUGAGAAAUUAAUUCUGUAAGAAAGAAUCUUUCGAUAUGGUCGAAACGCUAAUAUUAGAAGUCACUGUUUACACAUGCGUGAGAAUGCGAUCACGCACGUACACAUCUACGUACACAUACAACAAAUUUGAGAAAUUCUCAAAGUAGUUCAAUCUUUACCAACAAAUAAUAUAACCUUUGCUGCUACUUUACGUACAUACUAAUACCCGACGAUAAGCGAAAAAGGAAUAAAGUACCAAUUGGACGAAAACAGUGCAGCAAUCGUUUCUGUGAAUAAUGUAUGAUUCUUAAACACAGUGUUGUAUUUUGAAAUAAUGUUUUGAUUGGAGCGAAGCACGGUUUGUAGUCAGUUGCGCCUGUCCACGAUAACGAGAAUUGUUUACUAUUUUUAUUAGCGAAGGUGAAUGUACGAUUUGUUCAACUUAAAUUAUAUAAACAGUGUUUUUCUUUUCUAUACAAACACAUUCGUUUCGUUGGGUGACGGACAAAACCUUUUCCUAAUUCCUUCGUUUUAUCACUAAUUGAAUAUACCUGAGUGUGCACGAGGUAAAAUGUACACCCAACCAUAGCACUUCUAUGAUUAAUAGAUACAGACAGAAACAAGAGGAACGAAAUACUUGCUAUCAGUGUUUC